UGAGGGAACUGCAGAUAUCUCCUUAAGGUUCUGGCAAGGUAGUAUUACCAACUGCAAUAUUUACAACUAUUUGGUCAAAGAAUCAGUCAGGUGAUAGGUGAAGCUAUGCAAAAAAUGCUGCUAUAUUGGACAAGAACAUCCACCAGUUACUCGUCCUAAAAUUUUCCACGCUGGGCUGAUAUGAUUUUCCACCAAAUUUAGUGGAGAACCCACUCAAUUGGCAAUCCUGUGUUGUAAGAAAUAUUGUUGGAACACUCUCAUACGCGGGAGAUUUGAGCGCGGCUGGAGCCCGCAGCGAGCAUUUAGCACCACCAGCAAAUACACCUAACACUCGCUGCGAGCGUUUAGCAAUGAAAGGGUUAAUGGAGGCAUGGAAAUUAGUGCUAUCAAAUGAAGCAUUUCAAGAACAUGCAGGGCCACCUUUUCCGUUUAUGAAAUCGGUAUGUUAAUAAUCAUAAUAUAUAAAAAAAUCUAGCUUCUGGCUUCCUGCACUCACCUCAUAGCACCAUGUAUAGAGUCCGGAAUACAACAAAAUAUCUGUUAUACUGUAGUGGUGUACCAAUGUAUUUUAAUUAAACUACAAUUGCUGAAGUGAGGUAAGCAACAUGGGGGGUUGAUCUUGUGAUAUCACUUGCCUCGCAUCGACCAACUAGUCAGGCGUUCUGAGGCAACUUUUCAGACUAAAAUUCAAAGAUGUGUGGCAUUAUGGUCAAUUUUUUCAUACAAAUGCCUAAGAAAAGUGCAGAAACAACAGUGGGAUCAGACUCCGGGUGGUAGUAAGGCAAACCCCAGCAAGAGAUGAUCAACCAAUCAGCUUACAGCAGCUCAAGGUUACGCGACUCAGCCAAUCAGUGGGCUUCACCCGCUCUCCCUCACCACAUCUAUAAGGCAAGACUUACUCUCUCUCCAAUAUUCUCUCUACACCAGACCAUGCUCUUGUACUUCUUUUUGCUCUUAUUUUAGAAUUUAUUUGUUUCCAUGGCAGAGUCUUUCAAGAGAUGAUGAAGGCAUUGCCUCACCCUCUGGUGUUUGGAAAAAAGUUAGGAAGGAAAGUGAUAGAAAAACUGGGAAAAAGAGAAGCAUAUUCUGCGGAAAAAAUAUGUGUCUACACAGAGAGAAAACUAUGGCAAAAGCAUCAGUGAAACAACAAUGAUAUCCUCAAAUUAAUAUAGUUGCUGUAAGCUCGUUUUCUUGAGCAUGUUGAUUGCCUCGCUACUGCUCGAAUUUUGAUUUACAGCAAAGACAAGCAAUGCUCAACUAACUUCAACUGCAGUUUUCUUGUUUACUUGUACGUGUCACUUGUCUCACUUCAGCAGGGAGUGCCACAAUUCCAUUAUAUUGAACAUCAGUUUAUACAUAUUGCUUUUAAUGCACUAUUGAUUAUUAGAUAAAUUUCAUUACCAUGUGUAGGAGAAAAUAUAAUACUCUUUCAUACUGUGCUGAUAUAUUUUAUUUUAAUUCUUUAGAUAUUCAUUUAAACGGCAUACAUAGCUAGGUAUUUUAGCUUUUGAUUUUUCAAAAUAUAAAACAGAAAACUAUCUUGCUCUAUAUUAACCAUUUUAUCUCCUAUGGAUUAUCAUAUGGUAAUUAUCUUAAGCAAAGUUGAUGUAUGUUUAAUUAGUUCAACUAUGAUUCCACAUGCCACGCAGAAUAAUUAAAUUUCUGUAUAUAUAUAUGUAUAUAUAUAUAUAUAUAUAUAUAGAUAUAUAUAUAUAUAUAUAUAUAUAUAUAUAUAUAUAUAUAUAUAUAUAUAUAUAUAUAUAUAUAUGAGUGGAGCUAAGUCGGUCAAUGUAGGCGAAGAAUACUCACCAAGAGACUGGUGGAGACAAAACUUAACGUAAGUGACACUGUUUACUGACUAAAUUGUUAGGCAGUAUUGCAGUAUUCUAUACUCCUGACACUGAAAUACCCAUGUCUGCAUUCUGUUGAUGAGCGAGGCAAGGUUACCUUAAACCUAAAAAUAUAGUUUGGAUGCUUAAAACUGUGACCCUUGGUGGUGGUAACCAUGGAAUGUAAGUAUGUCUAAUGGGUCAAUGACUGAGAACUUAUGAAAGAUUUUAUAGCACUUUAUGAGAUUACCUCUGAGGGUUUCUAUCUAGUUUUAAAUCCAUUGCACAGCAGAGUUUUACACGUUUUUCUGACAUACCUUGUCAUAAUAUUCAUCUUUUUUUGUGAGCAUUUCCUGCUGAAAUUGCUGAAUGAAGAGCCAGGGGGGUGAACCCCACCCUGUUAUUAGCUUUGGUUAGAUGUGUCAAGUUUAAUUAGAUAAUUAUUUCCUUUUUGCCACUUCCUAUUUUUGGUGAUUUUUCUUUCACUUGAUACUUUAAUUCAUACAAGUAUUUUGAGACCUCAUUUAUAGUGCAAAUGGAUAAAAAACAAAUCAUGAAUAUGACAAUAGGGACCUGCAGUGAACUCACUCUAUCUGCCACCCAGUGGCCCUCUUGGAACUUCUAUCAGCUCCAAACCUGCAGACCUCUUGAGUUCAACUAGGCUUAAGUGACAUUUUUCUGUACCAAACUGUCAACAUAUCAGAGUUGUAAUGGUCAAUAUUAUGUUUACACCAAAAAUUCUCAGUGCUGUAGGUUAUUCAUGAUAUUAUAAUGAAAAUGACAAAAUAAAACACAUUCAAUGAUAUAUUCUGCAACACUCCAUCCAGUGAUUCAUAGGAAUGCAUCAAUGGGGGCUUAUGGAUAAAUAUUUCCUUCAUUCAAGAAAAGAGAGGGCAAGCAAGUCAAACAAUGGUGUUAUGCUUUCACUUUCUUUAAAGUAGUGGUGGAAGGUGUUGAAAAUUUUGCCACCCAACAUUUCCUCCGGCUGGAACGCCCCUGCCUCACACACGAUGCAUUCCUCUCUCUCUCCAAUCAGAGUGCGAGAGGUUGUUUACACUGUUGCAAAACAUAUCGUACGCUCCCAGAAGCAAGCAUUAAAGCUAUUUCAUAUUUCUAAUUUAAAUCAUAAUACAUACAUCUUUAGCAUCUUAUAAUAUUACAUUCACUGUAUUGAACUUAAAAGAACAACACAUAGCAUGUGACGAUUGUUUCUGUGGGAAAAAAUAUAUAUUUUAAUUCACUCUUUCUUGUGUUUCUCCAUUCCUUAAGUGCUACUAUUAGGUUAAUUGUCUCUAUACCAUAGCUAUGAGAAAAAUACGUGAUUCUAAAUACUAACAAAAUACUUGUAAGAAAAAUCAUUUUACAAAUUCUGCAUGCAUAUUUUUGUAGUUCCAAGACAGCCACAAGGUGUCAGGUCAAGCUCAUUGCAAGACCCUAUUGGGUCCUACUGAUAGUCCUCAUCCAUAUCUAUUGUACGGUGUAUGAUAAAAAAAAAAGUUAAUAAUUUCAGGUAAAUGUGUAGUUUAGCUCUGCCACCUCAACGUACCAUAUACACCAUAUUAUGAAUUGAAGGGCAAAAUUACAUGCUCUUAACCAUAAUAAGAAGGCACACAUGGUUAGAAAAUAACCCAUGCAAUCUAAGCAAACUUAACCAAACCUAACUGCUGCACCCCAAACUGCAGGCACCACCCCAACUGUCUCCUACACAAUGGUGACACUGGCAUGGUUGUUAGAUUUGCUAUGGUUAAGUUGGUUUCUAGCCAUGUGUAUCUUCAUAUUAUGAUAGUUAAAGUGUAUUUUCAACCAUUAAUAUGAAGGUGUAUAUGGUAUUACAAGGUGGCAGAGCCAGAUUAACCAUUACCAUUUUUCAAAUUGGGCAUGAUGAUUUAGACAAUUUUAUGGAAAACAUUUGUUGAUGUUUGAGAAUAGCAUGCUACAAGGGACAGCCAUUAAAGUUUCCUCUUCCUGUGGUCAAUACUAACAGGGCCCUACCAAUGCUGUAUUGAGUUGCUGAAGCUGAGCAUCUUGGUCCUCUUAUAUGAAAGUCAGUAGACAGAGUAGGCAUGUGCAUGUCUCUUGUUGAGGAUGUCGAACUCUUCCUUUAUCAAAUUCCUGGAUAGGUAUUGUAAAGUUAUUUCCAUAUAUGUGGCGGCUCGGUAUAAUGGACGGCUUCAAUGGUUAGUAAUGCUAUACUCAUGUACACAACUCCAUACUGGACCAAAAAUUCACCUUACUCACAAUUCCGUGUAACAUUUACCCAUUUUCAUUUUACACAUCAAUUGUGCCUAUGGGGCAGCGUGUGCCUUGACCUCACACGUAUUGGCGGGGGUGGCGGGUCAUCACGAGCUGCAGAAUCUAACCCUUCUUGGCCGAGAAGUGCUAGUUUGGGUUCUGGCCCGAGUCAUGGUCCGUAUUUCUAAAGAUCUCGGACUCCCAUUACGACUAUUUCCCAAGGCCACAGAGAAGAUUGACCGUGUUUUCGUGAGUGAUUUUCCCGAUCAAGAUGUAGAGGUCGUGUACGGCUAUCACCAAGAACACAAGGCACUACAUGAAAAGCUUAUCAACUUCUCCGAGAGGCUUUCAAACGGGCGAACUGAGGCGCCGAGACGUUUAAGAAUACUCCAGCAGGCUUAUGCCCUAGUGGCCCGCCCCGCCCCGCCCCCCGGGGCUCAGCGGCUGGAGCAGUGCUCGGGUCAGGGAGGCGGGGCAGCGGGGCACCUACACACCUUCUUCUUCUUCUUUUGACCUGUGUCGCCUCGCGUCGCCUAGCAGGUCCUCCUCCCUUGGCCUCUCUUCUGCUCACGCCCACACUCCGCUCCUCCGCGGCGCCACAGCCCCUCCUCGCCCCGUACCGCCCCGCCGCCCUCGCCUCCCCGGGUUUGUUUACCCCGUGGUGCAAAUGGCCGCCGGCGGGAAGGCGAGGCAGCGCGGGGCCUCUGGCGGCCACACAAGCAAGCCUUGCCGAGCAUCAUGACACCUUAACCGCUCUCUCCUUACUAAGCGGAAAGAAUUCCAGAAGCACCCAUUCAAGAUGGAUUAUCCAAAGGAAGUACAAGAAAAGCUUGCUCACCUGCGCUCCUAUGUUCCAUUUGUUCAACGCAUGAUCUCAAAGCUUGAGAUGCGCUCUCAGCAGGUGGGCGCGAGCCAUGGACAGCUUGAGAGGCUGCAUGGCUUGCAUGGAUUUCUGACCAAUCCAAUACCAAGGGCGCCAAGGAUGGAAAUGCUGGAAAAGAUGGAAGCUGUGAUACGCAGCAUGCAAGACAAAGUUCAUAGGGCUCAAGGGAAGCCACCUGAGUCUAGCUUAAAUAUGGAAUCAGUUAGAUCAUCCGGGUCAAACAGUCCUGGUGCAGUAAACCCUCGUUUCUCUCAAGAUCCCAGCCACUCACGAGCAGGAAGUAGCUCAUCUGAUCCUAGGGCAUCUAGUAAACAUUCCAUGGGCUCCAGUCGGGAAUUUAUUAGUGGCAACAGAGGAAUGGAUAGUGGAAAAAUUCUGACGGGACAAACGCCAAGUCCAGCCAGAACUCAUCAACAUUCUCCAGCUGCCAGAUCAGGUUCACUUGACUGGCAAAGUAAGAAGGACUUUAGUGGAAGAGGAGAAAAGCGAAGGGAAGGACAAAGUGAAAGACCAAGAGAAAGUAAUUAUGAUAGAAACAGAAGGGAGAGUGAUCGAAGUGAUGGAAGACACUCUGAAAGGAGUAUGGACCGUGGAAGUGAUAGAAGUCGUGAGAGAGAAUAUGAAAGAAGCAGGUCGAAAGAGUAUGAACGUAGACGAGAUAGUGACUCUCAUAGGUCUUGGGAGAAAGAAAGAAGUUCAGACCGGGAAUCCAAAUUACGAGUUUCUAAUGAAAAAGAAAGUGAAAGAAGACGAGAAAGUUCCAAAGAUAAAGAGCAUGAACGAGAUAAGAGCCGUGACUUUGUUAGAACAAGUAUUUCUCAAGAGAGAAGUGAAUAUGGUAAAGACAGAGACUUUCGUCAUGGAAUUCAAGAUGGGAGUAGUAGUGACAAAGACAGAAGACAUGUGGAAGGACGGAGUAUUGGUGAACAAGAAAAGAAGCAGGGUGAUGGGAAAACUUCAAAAUGGAGCAGCCUUCUUGAUCUUCCUAUGCCACCGCCAAGUCUUUCUCAGGAUGCACAGUUUCCCGCAAGUGAAUCAAGGAGUGCUUCAGCAGCAAACUAUGAGAAAUUUCAGAAUUCCCGGGAAAAGCUUCAGAGAUUGUUUGGCAUAUAUGGUGAGUCAUCAGGAACCAAAGAGAAGGAAGGAAAUACAUCAAAGGCGCGAGGAUGGCGAGAAGAGGUUAGAGCUAGAAAAGAUCAGUUCUUCUCUCAAAGGUCCGUUCAGGGUUCUGGUGAUAUUGAUGAAAGAGUAGAGAGUCAUUCUCAAAGACACAAGAUGCAGCAACAGAAAGAACCCACAUUUGGAACUUCUCAUCAGAAUGCACCAAAGACUCACAAUCUACAGGGUAAUGAACCAAGAGAAAAUUUAGGACGGUGUAAAUCUGUAAGCUUCAAUAGAAACACUAAUAUUAACCCAGAACAGCCAAAUGAUAACCUUGAGCCUUCACGAGAUACCCCAUUAUCACCUGAUCAGUCUCCAGUUAACCAGUUUGAUGCUACAGACACACCUAUGUCUCCUGAUGCAGAGGGCACAUUUAGUCCAGUUGUUUCAACGGAAGAUACCACACCAAUAAAAACCAUUCCUUUGGAGAAUAUCCAACAGAAAGGGGUGGAUCUUGAAGCAAUUAAAAAAGCUCUUGCUCGUAUUCAGGAAAGUGAAAGAAAAUCUGAAGCAAGUACCAGUUCAAAUCAGGGUCCAUCAUAUCGAUAUGAGGAUUUUGUUGGUCCUGCAUCAACAUCAAAACCAGAUGAAGAGGAGCCAUAUGAUCCAGAGGAGGUAUGGAAUAAUCAAAAUUUUAAAGCUCCAGUAUCAGACAAGUCUGCUCCAUCUGUGAGACCCCCUACUGGGGAUACUGAUUUGCGCUCAAUGCCAAAGACUAUGACCUCUCUACCUCAGAGUUACCAAGGCAAAAUGUUAGAUAAAAAAGAUGAUUUCCCAGGUUCCACAUUAUAUUCAAAGGGUGAAAUCCAGAGUCAUAACUCUGGGCCCCCUAGAAGUGGGGCUCCUGCAAAUAUAUCUCCUCAGAGGCAAGCAAGUUUUGAGAGCCAGAGAACAAGUAACCAAUCCAUUGUAUCUGACCACACUGGGGCACCUGGAACUGCAUGGUAUCAGAGUGGGUCAGUUCCUAGACCUAGUAGCUCAGGUGAUGUUGACAUGAGAUUCCACCAGUCCAAGCCAUCAUUACCGAGGCACAAAACUAUAAUACCAAAAACACAAGAACCUUCAGUGCACAAAUUACAGUCUCAGGCUGCUCCUCUCCAGCCUCCUCCUCUUCCUCCUUCAUCCACUUUGCCUCAGAGAUCCUCCUUAAAUAGACCACCUGAGGAUUCAUCUGACAGAGAAACGCAUAAUUAUUCUGGCAGUAGUAGAUUGGACAGUGUGCGUUCUAGGAUUGCUCACAAGAGUGGUGAAUUUAUAAAACCAGGUCAGCAGGGUGUAGCUGCUAGUCAAAUGGAAAAAUACAAAUUGAAAAAGCAGUCAAGUAUUUCAGAGAGUAAAUCACCAUCAUCACUGAAUACAUCCACAAAAUUAGAUUCAGGAAGUAAAAGUAAGGACUCUGUGUCAGUGCUUGAUCUCUUGCUUCCAGAGUCAAGUGAAGCAAAAGCUGAAGAAUGUUCAACAUCCUUUCGGGACCCUCGCCAAAUCAACCAAAUCCCAAGAGACCCAAGGUUAAAGCCCCCAGACCCAUCUGAGACUGAUACCUUGACUGGUGCUGUCCAUGCUCGUGAUCCUCGAUUAUCAAGCGGAGGUGGCUUGUCUCGAGAUCCUCGUCAUCAAACUAAUCGUGAUCCUAGGCAAGAUAUCUCCAAAUUUUCAUCCACUUUGCAUAGAGAAGAUCUUUCAAGACAUUUUGGAGCAUCUAGCUCUGUGAAGAGAGAUCCAAGGCAAGAUUUAGGGAUUGUUUCCCAUGGGGCAGCUCAAGUAAGAGAUCCAAGACAGGAUAUGUUGUCAGCGAGAGGAGGUAGAGAUAUCAGGCAAGAAGGUGUUCAGUUUCCUCAGAUGACACCUAAUCAACACAGAGAUCCAAGAGAUCCCAGAGUAGUUCCAAGAGGUGACAGAUCUACUCCUGUAUGGCCACUUCAGCCACCCCCUGUUCCAACCCCAAGUUAUGCAGUGCAAGCACCUUCUGUAACUACUGAUCCCUCUCCAUCACAGUCUGCAAGUGGAUCAUUGAUUGGCCAGACAUUUACAUGUCUGAUGAUGAGAGGGUUGCCCCCAUUUACCAACUCAAAUCACAUUUACCAUUUUUUUCAAGAGUACAUUUUACGUGAUAUUUCAAUUGAAUUGGACAAUCAUUUCCAGUGUAAGGGUACAGCUUACAUUCACUUUCCCAGUCACUCAAGUGCCCGUGAGGCUUUAGAGCUUAUGAAUGGGCAUUCUUUACAAGGGUCUCCAAUUUCCUUGAGGAUAUGCACUGUGGGAAUACUACGCCAAGCCAAAAAUGCAUAUGAAAAUUUAAAUAGAGAGAGAGAAGCUCGUCUUGGUAUUCCAGAACGUCCCAGAGGCAACGGGAAUCCAUUUUUCAAACCUCGGUCUAAGGAACCAGUUAAUAAGCCACCUUCUAAAUCUGUCACAGGCUUAUCAGGAAAACUUGGUGACAAGCCUGAACUAGCAAGUAAUAAGACACAAGGACCAGUAGAAGGAAAUGAGACUGGAGGCACUGGCCAAUACUCUGAGUUAUGUGGGGUUAAAGUUCCACCUAAAGCAGUUGCUGCUAAAUCAAGUUUCAAGAUCCCCAAGAUUAAAAAGGAUGAACCAAAGCAGAAAGAUGAUACUAAAGGUGAUAAUACAAGCACAGAAAUUCAGGAGAAUAAAACAAAGACACUGGUAACUAAGCCCUCCAAAGAGUCAUCUGAAUCUGAAGAUGAUUUGCAAAGUGUAAAGGCUAAAAAUACAAAGAACAGAAAAUUUAAGAAGAUAGUAAUUGCAUCUGAUUCUGAAUCAGGUGAUGAUGAACCAGAGAGAUCAGGGAGUAAAAGGAAGAAAACACCAGGUCAAGUUGCCAUUAAUCGUAAGGGAAGCACAGAGGUUGAAAGCAAAAGUGUUUGUGGCAGAGAUGCUGUCACUCAUGAUGAGGAUGCUAAAAGUAAAAGUGUUAUUGACAGUGAUGCUGUCUCUGCUGGUAAUGAUGGAAGUGAUGAUGAUGAUGAUGCUGAUGAUGAUGAGGGCUACAUGGUCAUUGAUGAAACUGUUUUGUUAUCAGAUACUGAAGAAUCAGAAGUAAGCUCACAGAUGUCAGAAGAACCACUUGAACACACUUCAGCUUCAAAAGAACCCAGAAAGAAAUCUAAAAAUAGUAAGACUAAAAGAAAAAGCAGUGGAAAACAAAAACCAGUUAAGAAGUCAGUCUCAUUGAAAGGUAAAAAGAAACUGCAGAAUAAUUCUUCCUCUGGAAAGAAAGUUCGUGGAAAGAAAAUUUCAGAUAAGUAUAUGCUUGAUAAUGCUUAUAAACCAGAAUUACAGUUAAAUACAUCUGUAGGACUGAAGCUAACGAGACACACCCAAGGUGAAUUGGAAGAGUUGAUACCUGAACAAAAGAAGCUUAAAGUACUGAUUCCAGUUCCUCAUAAAAUUGUGACAACAAUAUGUGAGGAUGAGAAGAUAAAAAAGAAAGGUGGACGACAAAAAACUGUUGAAAAUGUGCAGUCUGUUGAUAUCCUGAAGAUAUCACCUGUAAGUAAACCAAAAGAAGCUGUUCAGGCUUUGCCAGUCAAGGAAAGGAUAAAACUUGAUUCAGACAAGAAAUCUGAUGGAGACAAUGUAAUUUUACCAAUUGAUGGUUAUUGGGAAUAUACUGCAAAAUAUGGUCCAGUUGGUGAAAUGUUCUUGCCAGUGAAUACAAAGCUGGUGGUUACAUUGAGGAAGGAGGUUGCUGUUGGCACACCAACUGCAAGGAAAGGGAAAAAGAGAAAAAUAUCCCCUAAGGCUCAAAGAAAUACUCCCAAGAAACAAAGAUCUGGUAUUUUAGGCCCAUCAAGAAACCAGCAGAGGGACCUGAGUGAUGUGGACAAAAGUGAGGCACAUGGAGUGCUGAGUACUGACACAAAUGAGCCCUGCAAGGGAGCAGAGAAACGCAGUCCUUUAACUCCUCUCGAAGGAAAUGACAGCAAAAGGUUGUGCCUAGAAAUGGAAAAACACAGUACAAAGAGUGAAGGAACCUCACAUUUUGAUCUCUUUGAGACUAGUAUACUACCAGACGACCAAGAUUUAACUCAGAUUACUCCAUCUCUUUUAGAUGUUGAUCCAACCAUAAGCAUUGCUUUACCAAAUGCAUCGGCUCUGGCUAGUGUGUUGAGUCCUCCACGUGUAAGUCACUCAACAACUGAGACUAUACAUCACAAAGUUGAAGCAGACUGUAUAUGGCCAACUGAUAAACAAUCAUCAGAUGAAAAAUUCUAUGAUGUUACAAAAACAUUGCAAACUGCAAAUGUAAAGGAUUUAGGGGAAAAUGUAAUGGAAGAGGACUCAGUGCUUGAAGAGAUGAUUAAUAUUGCCAUCAAAACUGCUGACACAGAAGAAAGCAGACGAGCUUCUGAUAAUAAGGAUCAAGAACAGGAAGAAUGUAAGGGAGGCACUUUGGGAACUGAGUCAAGUGGGAUCAGAAAAGGAAAUAUAAACAAACAUUCUGAGGUGAAUAUUGAGGAUGCAGAACUAAGCAAAACAGUAAAUGAAUACAAAAUACCUCUAGAAAGGAACACUGGAAAAGAAAAAGUCAAAGAUAAUUCAAAUGUUAAAAAAGAAACUUCCAAGGAAUCAGGGACAUCAGAUGCACCUGUAGAAUCUCCAAGUGAGGAAAAAUUAUUACUUGUUAAAGUAGAAAAGGAUGCUUCUGACAAGAUGUCUUCAUCAGUCAGUGACUUUGGAAAUUCCUCUUUAAAGCAAGUCUCAGAUAGCAGGAAAUCAUGUGAUCAUACUUUCAAAAUCAGUUCAGAGGAAGCUCUUAUUAGUGAGACUGUGUCAUGUAAGGCAGAAAUCAGUGACACAGAGGCAGUUACAAAAUUAAAUAAGAAUUUUGGGGUAGGCACAGUGACUCAAGAAGAUACUGAUGAUGAUGUAGUAAGUAUUGGAAAAGUAAGCACAAGCAGCUUUGUUGAUGAUGCAUCUGUCGUGUCAAGUGAGGGUCGAGAUGUCAAAACUCCUGAAUCGCAGCCUCCUAAGAGAGGGAGAAAGAAUAAAAAUCAAAUCAACUUGCCCUCAGUUGAGUGCCGCAGAGUCACCCGAGGAUCAGUAGUGGAGCCCCUGACUGCAGAACAUGUAGAGUGGGAUGAUGGUGGUAUAGUGGACCUGUUUCAGUGUGAUCAAUGUGAUUAUGUUGGCCGUCACAUUGCUCACCAUUUAGUCAAUUUUCAUACUGACAGAGAGUUGCCUUGUGAGUUUAAAAAAGAAGACUUUCCACCUGUGAUAAAAGAUUAUGUUGGACCCCCACAGGAAAGCAUUAAGGAAGCAGUGCACUUAGACUUAAGUUGGAUUCCUAACUAUAUGACUUUUGAUGAAAAUAUAACUUGCAAAGAAUGUGACUACUGCUCUAAAAACAGAUUUGACUUAAUUUACCACUAUCUAGAGCACAUCCCACAAGCAGCAAGCAAUGUAUACCAUUGUCGUCUUUGCAAUUACAUGUGUGAGAAAAAGGAAAACUUUUACAAUCAUGUUUCAAGUCAUACAGGAGAAUACCGCUUCAGGUGUGAAUUGUGUGGCCACUUCACAUAUAAAAAAGACCUUCUUGAAGCCCACCAUAAAGACAAUCAUAAAUCUCAACCUGAAAGUUUCUUUGAGGCUCCCAUGACUGAGGAUAAUGGUUGGCUAUAUAUUUAUGUCUGCAAAGUCUGUAUGUUUGUGAGAAUCAAUCUAGCAGGAGCAGAAAAUCAUGUUCAGCAAAAGCAUGGUGGAAAGGCAGAUAUUCAUAAAGCAAACAUGAGCAGACCUAUUAUUUUGCACUCUGAAUUGCGAAAGCCUGGAAGUGAGUCAGAUAGUGCAUUGUUACGACCAAAAUACAAGGGGAAAAAGCGAAAGAAAGGAAAAAAGCUCCCAGAUCUUGAAGUAUUCAUUGGAGAACAGGAAGAUGAUGAAAAAGAAACUGAAGAGAAAGCAAAGCAGUUGGUUGAUAGGAUAUCAUCUAACAUACACACGACUAUGUCAGUUGAAGAUGCAAAGAAACGUAUGUCAUUACUAAAUUCCAUAAGUAAGAAGUUGGAUGAGGAAACUGAAGAGGAUAGCAUAGAACAAGAGUUUAAGAGUAAACAUGAAGAGGCAUCUCUUGAGCCACAGCCUAAAAGUGAACAGAAAGAAGAGCCAUCAACUGAGCCAGAGUCUAAACAGAGACAAGAAGAGCCAUCUGUUGAUACAGCUCCAUCCCAGACCUUGGAAAUAGGGAAUGAGUCAAACAGUGCUAAAGGAGAAAUUGAUGUAGAUGAUGUAACUGAAAUAAAGAGAAAUGUUGAGGAAGAAUCACACAAAAUAAGUGAUGGAAAAGGUACAAGGGAUAAUCUCAGAGGCUUAAGAGAUUCAGAAAAUACAUCUACAGACAGUGAUAGUGAAUCUACCAUCAGUGCAGUUGAACCAGAUGCUUUUGGAGAUGACUUAAUUAUCUCAGGAAAUGGUUUACUUCAAGAGACAAUCAGAAAGCUUUCAGCUAAAUUAGAAGAGUGUGUGAAAGAAAAGAAAGUCAUACAGCAAAGUGAAGAAUCCAAAAGUAUAAAGGAAACUAAAAAGCAAAAAAUAACUAGUCAAGGUGCAGCCUCUAGUACCACACAUGAUAAUGACAGUGACUCAGAUACAUUAGUGAUUUGUGAGGAUGCUGAUUCUGAGAAAGAGGGAGAAGAAAAAUUAUCAGACUUGUCCCAGACUGAUCACUGUUCAAAGGAGUCAACAUCUGAUGCAGAGAGUGCUGGGAAAUCAUCAUUACAAGACUCCAUCCAGUCCAUAUUACGAGAAGCUUCUACACAAGACCAAAAUAUCCUUCCUAUGCCAAAGUUACGGAUUCGCCCAGCACAUCAACUCAUUGAACCUCAUGUCACUUCCAAGGGGCUGAAACAGAAGCAACAGGAACGACGAUUAAGGAAAAUUUCUCUCGCAACAGUAUUUAAAUGUUGCGUGAGUGGCUGUUUUUAUAACAGUAUCAACAAAACAGAUCUUAUUCAGCAUAUCAUUCAAAAUCAUGGACCUUAUAAGUGCAUUGCUUCUGGCUGCCAGUUUGUUACCAAAUCCAGAGACCUUUAUCACAUGCAUCUGGUGAAAUUACAUCCAAAGUUAAAUUUUUUGGUGUGUCCAUUUCACUGCAAGAAUGUAUUCAUACACUUCGUAGAACUCAUAGACCACUUGACGGCCUGCCACUCACAGCAGUUUAAGGACCAAGAUCAGCCAGAUGAAGAUUCUGAAAUUCCAGGCUUCUUGAAAAUUGAAAGUGUGAGCACUCUAGAUCCUGCUGCAGCCUCUCAGAUGUUUGGUGAUGCAAAUUAUUUUUUCCCAGAUUAUGCAUCCACUUCAGGAGAAUCAACUUCUCUCCUCAUCCAAUCACCGACCAAAUCACCAAGAAGUAGUCCUCAGGGAACAGCUGUGGCAAGUCCUCAAAAAAUAACUCUUAGUAGUCCUCAAGGAACAACUAUAACUACUCCUCAAGGGACACCUAUAUGUAGUCCACAAGGAAUAACUAUAAGUAUUCCUCCAAGAAUAACCAAAUCACCUGAUACAUCACAAUUGUUUACAACUGUUGUAAGUCCAACUUCGUCUGAAAGAAUUGUUACAGUCACAAGUCCUACUCCAGCACAAAGCAUUGCAUCUGCUAAUUCAACUGGAUUAAGCUUCCUGCCUGUAUCCACCACAACAAGAGCCACAACAACAACAACAACUGUGGCAGAUUCCCUUACAUCUACUACAGCUACAAGUAAGAAAAGUGAGGGAAUUGAAAGCAGUCUAUUACUCACAUCUGAGAAAGCCAGUCAGCCUUCUAUUGUGACAAUUGAUGAAGAGGAGGGCCGUGAACAAAAAGAACAUCCACCACCACCUGGAAUGGCCACAUUACCCAAGAGCCCACCAACAGUUCCUGUUCAGUUUAUAUUCCAAAUAUAUCAAACAGCACAUGUUUUCAAAACAUUAAUCACAAAACUUGCUCCUGAAGUUUUUAAGUGUAUGCAUAAUGGCUGUGUUUUUGCUGAAGAUGAUGCUGAGGCAUUUAUAAAUCACAUCACAGAACAUGGGUGUGAGUACAGAUGCUGCUACUGUCUUGUGCUGAUGGCUACUCCUGAGCAUUUAGUGCAGCAUGUCAUCACAGAACACAGUCAUUGUCAGUUUCAGUGCAAAUACUGCCUUUAUCGAGCCUUUACCAAGAUCUACAUGGGAGUGCAUUUGAAAAAUUUUCAUCCACGUGAUGAACCUCGCUACAUAAAAGUAGAGACAAUUCAGUCUCACCCUCCUCCAAACCCUCCAAUCGACCAGUUUGUAAGGCCUUACAAGUGCACUUACCAGGACUGCCAGUAUCGCACUGUGGAUGCUGAAGCUUUCAAAACACAUGUAAACAGUCAUGGAAGCUUUGUUAUCUUGAGUUGUGAUUUCUGCCACAAACAUCUUCAUGUCAUUCCUCUCAUUGAUCACAUGCGGGAACAUCAGAUGAACGAAUACCAGUGCCCAUACUGCUUGCACGGGGAUGCUGAGAAAGAGAGACUUCUGAGUCACCUUUUGAACUGUCACUCAGGGCGCCCAGGGAAAGUAUUACUGCGCAAGCAAAUAACUUCAUCUGUUAGCAGUGCAGCUCCUUGUCCUGAGAUGUUGUCACCCCUGCCUCAACAACCUCCUCCCUCCUCCUCUGCCAUCACUGAGAAUGAUUCAAAUUGUGAUGGUUUGAACUUUUCAAAGGAUUCAGUAGAUGACAAACCUGAUGAAGAGAUUAAACCUGUUUCUCAAGCAAAUAUGAAGAGCCUGCCAAAGGUGGGUCCUGGCCCUGGAAGAAGAAGACCGUCUAGAAACUCUAGCACUGAACUAGAUAAUGCUAAAGGAAAUGAAGAAAAUAGUAAUUGGAAUCCAAGCACUGCAGGUGAUGAUAGUUUCCUUCAGGCUACAGAGAAGACUGGUCUAAGUGGCCAUGCUCUUUACCGCUGUGGAAAUGAUGGCUGUGAGUACUCAAGCUUAUCACAAGUCGAACUCAGGGAACACCUACAGAUUUGUGAUUUGGCUCAAGAUUCAACUGUUGUCAGGUGCUACCAUUGUGGAAAACAGUGUCGUCAUCUCAGUACCCUCUUGGAUCAUCUUCGAGUACAUGGACCCAAAAGAUAUUUUUGUGGAGUGACAGGAUGUGACUAUCGAGCCACCAUGGUGCACUAUUUCAAAAAUCAUAUGAAACAAAUCCACAAAUGUUCUGGAUUCAAGCAACUUUUGAAAGAUUCUAAGAACAAGGAUCCUGAAAGUCAGGAAUAUGUGGUGUAUCCUAAAGAUUCUAUCCCAGCAGCAAGAGAAGGACACAGAAAAAGGAAGAAUGAGUAUGGAAUUGAUAACAUUCACCGUAUCCCACGUGCUCAUGUCUCAUACCAAGAGCUGAAAUGUUAUCAUUGCCCAUUUGUGUCAAAAGUUCGAUUGAAUUUGAUCAAACAUAUCAGACUUCACGAAAAGUAUCCAGAUGGAAUCCCACAAAGGCUAAACAUUGCUUGUGGAUCAAAUUCUGCAAUUCCAUUCAAGCAGCCUGUGAAUCCUGUUCCAUGCUUAGAACGAAAAGAACUUAUGUUCGAUAAGAUGAUGAACUUAGCUGGCAGCAGCUUUGAAACUAAGAAGAAAAAAGAAGACAGUGACUUGAGAGCAAAGAAUCCAAUACCACCAGAGGAAUACCAGAGGCUUCCAAAAUAUGUCCCAGAGGAACGAUUAUACACCUGUGGGAUUGAGGGAUGUAACUACCUCUCAUGUGAUGAUAUGAUGUUGAAGUAUCACAUACGGACACUUCAUGCAGAUGCCACAACCUUUCCUUGUCCCCAUUGCAUUGACAUGUCAAUAACCGUUGAAAAGAUGAGCUCCCACUUCAAGCUUCAUGGAGAAAGGCUUUAUAGGUGUGGCUGGUGUCAGUAUAUCUCCUCUCGGCGGAAUGUGGUUGAGAGACACAUGAAAGAGAAGCAUCACUCCAAGAAACCAUUUGACUAUGUCAUAAGGGAACCUGAAGAUCCUGAUGCCCAGAAAAAAUCUGAUGAGAAGCCACCUGAGGAACCUGCUGUAAAUAUCCCACAGCCAACACAGGACCCACAGUGGCAGUGUGGUCUAUGCAAGUUCAGUUCUGUGACACAGCAAGAAAUGUUAAAUCACACAAGCUUAAAACAUUCAAUCAAAAGUCAAUUCAAGUGUGGAUAUUGCAGUGUUCGAUCUUCAGUGAGGACUAGUUUUGAUGCUCACUUUGCUGCCAAGCAUCCAACUCAACAGUUUCGGGUACUUUGUAUGUAUUAUCGGUUAGAUUCAGAGGACAUUGAGCCUCUAAAUCAUGGAGAUGCACAGCACAUGCACGAGCCCCUUUGGAAACGUAAUGACCCUGAACGUAUUCGUCACAUUCGAGGCAUUUUGAUUGAUGAUGACCCUGAAAUCAAAAAGAAUUGGUUUAGACAAACCAGUACAGGAAAGCCAGACAGAGGGGAGUUUGUAUGCCCGAAGUGUGGAUCAUUCAAAACUGCUUGUGUAUCCACAUUUCGUUCUCACCUGUGUAGGGAAGCAUCUUAUGCCAGGUAUCAGUGUGGAGAGUGUGGGGUAAGCAAUGCCCUCUUACCCAGCCUCCAGCGUCACUACACCAAAAUGCAUCAUGCCCCAUUUACCUCUGUGUCUUAUCUUCAGUUACCAGUUGAAGAAGAGAAAGAAGCAUGGGUUGAGUCAGUAAUUAGUCAUCAAGAAGAUCUUAUCAAGAGAUGGCAUGAGAGAGGAGGCUCAGAAGUUUCUGUAGAAACUUCCUUGUCCCAGGAAAAAGCCGUCAUCUCAUCACGACGUUCUUCAACAAAUGCAUCCUCUCAUUCUUUGUCAGGUGACACUACCCAGGAGCAAGGUGGCAUUGUCCUACAUGACUCUGGCAGUGAGCGUGGCCGCUAUACCUGUGAUACUUGUGGCUCUGAAUGUCGUUCAGCUGCUGGACUCAAAAGUCAUACAACAGCCAUGCAUCAAGCCAGAUUCAAGUGCCAUUACUGUCCAUUUGCAAGUAACAGUGAAGAUGCAGUCAAGCAACACAGCAGUGUAAAGCAUCCAAAGCUCCAGAGUGAAGUUUUGGAUGUAUCACAAAGAAUCAAAGUUCAAAGAGGGGACAGUGGUGCUUCUGAGGACAUCACAAGCCCAGAAAAGAACAAAGAGGACCAAGGACUAGAGAGAACUGUGUCACCUUCAAUGGAGAGUUCUUUGGUUUCUCAACUAGAUCAAAGUUGUGUGAAUAGUGAAGAUAAUAGUGAUUUUACAUUAGAGAGUGACAUUACAGACAGCUUUAGUGACAAUCUAGAAGACUCACAAUCAUUAUUGGCAAAAAUAUAUAGUUGCCCCUUUUGUUCCUUUACUACGUCCACUACAUCAAGGCUGAACCACCAUAAUCGCAGCAAGCACAGUGAAACUCGUUUAUACAUGUGUAUGUACUGCAAAGGACGGUUCAACACCACGAUGGAUGCCUUGCGUCAUCAUAAGUGGAAACAUAUGCCUCAAAAACCAAAGAUUAUUCAUAUGACCUACAAUAAGGUAGAAGAAAAUUUUGUUAAAGAACAAGUUGAGGUUGGUUUCUCAGAAAACAGUGAAGUGCUGUUGUCCUCUAAAAGUAAUACAUUACCAAAGCUUAUGUUGGAACCUAAACCUGGUAGAUCUAAAGCUAAGAAGUCUUUUACAAAAUCAUCAUCAUUCAGCCAUGUCAAAGGUAGCUCCACAAGUGGCCCUUCAAGUAGCUUGAGUGUAGAGUCUACUUUCACUUGCUGUCAUUGCAGUCACCAGUCAAGUAAGGUUGGUAUGGAGGAGCAUAUGAAGAAACAGCAUAGAGAUCUUCCUUACCAAGUGAGAAGGGAAGAAAAAGACCGGAUAUUCACUGAAGUUCACAUUUACAAAUGCAUCCACUGUGUUGUAGAAAGUAUUUCACUGGCACAAGCUAUGGAUCAUUGGAUUCAGAACCAUCCACUUUUAGAUUUUAAGUUUGAUCUGGUCUUGAGGCAUUCUGGAGAAGUGUCCAAUCAGGUUGUCAGUAGCACAACAGUUGACAAAGAUUUGGCUCAUGAAGUGAUGGACACAGGGAAUAAUGCUAAUUUAGAUGAUGCAGAUAUGAGCAUUGCUGGGAUAGAUAGAGGUACCAUAAACUCUUCAGCUAUUCCCUCAUGCUCUGAUAUCACCAGUAGUUCAGAGAGUUCAAACUCUAAACCAAUGCCGAUAUCAAGACAGAGAGAGAGUAAAAAAGAUACACCAUCAUCAAGGUCUAGUGUAGAUGCUGAAGAAGAGGAAAUAAUAGACCUCUCAGAAAUACUGGGAAGCAAAGAAUCUGAGAUACAGUCAAGAACAGAAGCUGAAAAAGAUGUGGUCUACAAAUGUGGACUUUGUAAGAAAAGCAGUGACAAACUUCAUGAACUUCAGGCUCACAUUAAAAAGAUACACCCAGAGAGGGAUGUGAAAAUCAAGAAAUUGUCACGAGAGGUGUUUGAACAGCUGUUCCGUGCCGAGUACAAGUGUGAUUACUGCGGUGAACGAGGACGUCAUAAGCCCAUAAGUAGGCACCACAAAGUAUCCCACCCUGGUCUUCCUAUGAAGGUCUCACGCAUUCCUCAACCUUCUCGAGAAAAUGUCUAUUUUCGAUGUGAUGUGUGUGGCCAUGUGGUUAAAAACCUACAGUCCAUCCGUCAGCACAUCCGUCGUCACCAUCCUGGUACAGAUGAUUUCACAUUUUCCAAACUAACAUUAGGAUCUCCCAUGAGGCCUCCAGUUAAGCAACCAUUCAAGUGCAAUUACUGUGGUGAUGUUGGUGAGACACUUGAGGAAAUGCACACUCACCAUGCCUUCCUACACUCCCAUCUUGAAUGUAGCAUUACAAACUUAAUGGAUGAAGCCUUAUCAUCUUUGCAUAGCCCGUCAACCAGCCAUUCUGUUGAAGAUUCAAAAAUAUCCUCCUCAAUUGUCAGACCUAUGGGUAGUAAAAGCAGUCUUACUGUAUCAACAGCAAUAAGUGAGGUGAGCAAGGAGCCUGAAAAUACAGUAGAAGACUCAAAAUCUGCCAUUGAGUCACCCAGUGCUGUUCCUCUUGUAUCACAGUGUAAAAAUACUGCAAGAAAAUCAUUUCCAACACUCAUGAAACGUGCUGUGGCUAUGAAAUCCACUUCCAAGCCACAGGUGGUAGAGGAAUGUGAUGAUACUGAGGAGUUUAGUGCAUACCAUAUUACCCAACCUCCACUUGAACUAGAAAAUGUUUAUGCUUUUGUGAACCUUGGUGCAGGUGUACCAAUGAGACUCACUGUGCAGCAGCUUGGACGAUUGGUUGAUUUGAAGCCACAAGUUGUUGUGACUGAUGUAUCAAAUGAACAGGAAAAUUAAUGUGUCAAUUAAAUUCCUACAGUAAAGUACUUGUACUUAAAAAUCUAUUACAAACAAAAUGGACUGUGGUGUAUAUCUUUUGGAAAAGCAUAAUAAAGCAAAAAUGUAUGUUUGAAAUAUAUUGAUGUACAGUUACAUGUUGCUACAUAAAUGUUACACUCUGGGUGGUGUUUUGUAAUUUUGAGGGUUUUAGUAAAGCUCUACAACCAUUAUGAUACAAAGAAACAAGUUUUGCCUUGUAUGGAUAUUGGAGUUUUAUAUAUUAAAUCUCAUGACCCUCAUACUAUGUAAAUAUAAAAAGAUGAAAUAUUUUCAUUAUUUACACAUGUCCAUGGAAGAGGUUGAAGACUGGUGCUGAGGUAGAAAGGUCUAUAAUUAUUAUUAUUUUUUUAUUAUUUUGUUGGUGGUAUUACCAUUUUAACCUGAAUGAUCUUGGGCACUUGCUAUUGUUGGCUAAUAUGCCAUUUCCUCGUAAUAACAUUGUGCAUCCCCCUGGUCUAAGUUGGUUGGAAAAAGAGAAAUCUUCAGUAACAAACAUUCCAUAAGGCAAUUGGGUUAUUACCUAUCAUAUUAUAUUUUUUGAGCUUCAUACAUUAUUAUUUGAAAUUUCAUACUUAAAUUUCAACAAUUGUAGUAAAUUUAUUGAUGACACAAGAUUAAGAUUAUUUAAUGCAUUUCCAUUAAAAGAAUAAACAUAGAUUCUCAUACAUUAUUUCUAGUCCUUUGAGUUAAAAAUAAGAAUAUAAUGAUAAUACAAGUUUUGCUUUUGCAUUGAAAAUAGAAGAGGAAAUCUAAGCAUGAUCUUUGGUAACCCUUGCUAAUUAAUAUGAAUAUCAGCUUUAUUUGACCCUAAAAUAUUUUGAUGAAUUCCAGUUCAUCACUGUUUUGUUUCUCACUUGUCUGUACUGUCCUGUUGAAUUGCCUUUGUAUUUUUGUCUUUGAAUGGCAGGUAAAUAAAAGAACUUUAGCUCACAUCCACUUCCAUUAUCAGUGUUCUCAUAUAAAAAGUAUUUGCUGUUACUUACAUUCAGUAAUCAUUACUAUCCUUCCCUUCUAUAAACUCUUUGCUUUCAAUGACAAAUUUACUCCUCUUUUCCGCUUGAAAUAUAAUGUCUCCCUGUUAUUAGUUGUGAAAUCCAGGAGAAAUUCAUUAGAAAAAAAAAAUCCUGUUUUGUAGGUAUGAAAGGCUUUGUAGAAAAAAAAGUUCAUUUUGUUGGGAUCCUAGGUUUGUGGGUACCCCCAUAGAAUGAAGAAAUGCCUGCCCUUUGAGAUCAUUUGGUAAUUCAGGCAGCCAUUCUAUAUCAGCCAUAAACCUUUUCAUCAUCACAUAAGGUGACAAUUGUGUUGGUCUAGUGUCUGGCAAUAAACCUUUUGCAGCAAAAUAAUUUUGUAAUGGAAAGUUCAUAUCACUUGUUUAGGUGGAGACUGCCCUAAUCUAACUAAGACUUGGAUGUAGAAGAUUAACAACUGCUCUUAGAUGGCUUAUUCAAUUUUUAGAUUGUAACUCCAAUCACACCAUCUACUGUUUCUUCUAAUAUGUAGUUAACUCCCUCAUUCAUAACCACGUUUUCAGUUUACACCCUCCUGUCUUUAAGAUAGCUCAUUUGACAUUGUUAUCUCCUUCAUGCUGUACAUUUAACUUGCAUCAUAAGAACUUAAAUUGAAAUAAAAAAAACAUAAUUAAUCAAUAUUUACACCCCUUUUCUCAGUUUACCCAGAAAUUUGACUUUUAUUGUUGCCUAGUUCUUAAAAGCUUUUCAUUCUAUGUGAUGAAGCUUUCAUUGUUCAGCUUCAGCUUCCUCAAGAACAUUAUUAUCUAUUGUACUUGCAAGGUGACAGUCCUACCAUCUCCAGUAAUAAAUUGUAAUAAAACCAACAUCUACACCAUGAAACUCCCAUCGCUGUGGUUAAUGGUAUUAUGCCAACAAUUAACAGGUCAUACAAAACACUCCUACCUGAUGCUCCAUGGUCAUCCUCAGUUGUACAUGCACACACAGUAAAAUUGCCUCCCUACUCCCACAUUUCUUUGCAUGAACACAAUUCUAAAAACUAUGGCCAUACUUUUCAACUUUUAUCCCAUCUUCAUUUCCCCUUUAUCAUGUUAUGCAGAUAUUGUUAGUGGGUCCAAAAGUUACUUAUUUCACUAAAUGUAUUCAAUACUUUUCACAAUCUACAUUUACUUAUUAUGAUUUCCAUUUUCAACCAUUCCCUUUUUUCUUAAAACUUACAACCUUCCCCCUCUCUUCUUUUAUUGUGACUGGGCACUAUUUUGUCAUUGUUAUUUAGUACUACAGUGUUGUUACUUCACUAAAUUCAAUGAGUAAUCAUUAUGCUUAAACAGUGGUAAAAAUGCAAUUCCUGUUAGAAUAGAAUUGGAGUGACUAAUGUAGGUCAUGAAGAGAUAUUAAGUACUGUAUAUUUCAGCACAUCAGAUAAAAAAAAUCUCCAGUAAUAGACUGUUCUUGGCUAAAACAAUUUAUUAAAAAAUUAUGCUGUAUGGUCAUGAUCGCAUCAUAAGUUUGUCUAUUAGGAAUGUCAAAAAAACUUUGUUAAAUUAACCAGUUGAAAGGAGAUAGACUUUAUAUGCCCUAAAUGCAUCCUAAUAACAAUGGGAUAACAAAGUGUUCCUCAGAGGUAAUUGCAUCAUGUUCUUAAAACUCAAGAAACUUAAUAAUUCAACAUCAUAUAUAUAUAUAUAUAUAUAUAUAUAUAUAUAUAUAUAUAUAUAUAUAUAUAUAUAUAUAUAUAUAUAUAUAUAUAUAUAUAUAUAUAUAUAUAUAUAUAUAUACCAGCAUCUUUCUGGAGAAUUUCUAUAUUUUCAACAUGCCAGUACAAUAUUUUCAUAUAAAUAUUAAUGAACAUCAUUGGCAUAAGUAACAGAUUAAGGAAACUAAAUAUUAGCUCAAACUUGUAUCUGAAGAAGCAUGACAACUAAAUUUGUGAUAGGUCAUGUUUAAGGGCAUUGCAAAAGUCAGUGCAUAUCCAUCAUUGUGACUUGUAAUGACCAGCAUUGAAAUAAGCUGUCUCAUAAACUCUACAGUUUUACUGAAUCCUCAAAGACUUUUGCACACUUCUCUCAAAAAUGUUUUUCUUUUCACGUAACAGUUGGUACUUUUAUGUUAUGAACUCCAUGCCACAUCUUUGUUAUAUCUGAAAUGCUUAUCUAGUUUUUAGUAAUAUUUUUUUAACAUCUUAUAAUUAUGUAAGCCUAUAAAUCUUCCAGUUUGUUUAAAUUUCCUUUAGGCUUUAAUAAAGUUAUACCUCAUUCAAAGAUAAUUGAUUUUCUCAAGUGUGCAAAUACAAAAAUUAAUGAAAAGUUGUAUAUUUAUUUGCAAGCAACAUUAUUCCUAGUAUUGCUUUUUUUUAUAUAUAAAUUGGUUUGGAGAUUGAUGUACAAACAGUAGUUUUCAUUGUGAGGGGAUGUACAUUUAGAUGUAAAUUAUUACAGUUCCUAGUUAGUUCUUGCUAGCAUCAGUUAUUUAUAGAGAUGUAUAAUUAUUUAAUUAUUGUAUUAUAUUUGAUAAUGUUUUAUGAUACAUAUCUACAGGUAAUAUUAGCAUUAUUCUCAUUCCAUUUUAGUAAGAGGUUGAUACAUUAAUUUUCUGACAGACUUGCUGCUGUGAAUUGUGAAUCAAGCACUGAUCAAGCCUUACGAGCAGCUCUAAAGUCUUUUUUUAUUUAUAGUAAAUAAUUCUUCUUAUGGUGCAUUGAAGUAGUAUACCAUAAACCCAAUAAAUUAUGGCAUACAACAAA